AUGACUAGCUCUAUCUAUGCAAAGUACCUCAAAAGCGCCCACUUUGCAUUGGAACUAGCAAAGAUAUUCUUUCUGAUAUACUUAUACGAGUCAAUAACAGGCGAUGUGAUCCUCCCACCAGAUCACACCGCUGCUAUAGCUGCAACGGCCUCAUCCGCAAAUCCUAAAUCGAACAGCCACUUUCAGCAAGAUUCCAAAGCCAAAUUCCGAAUGGAUCCUUCGUGCUAUGUUCCUAUCCGUGAUGAUGCCAUCCCAGAAUUUUAUAACGGUGGAGGUGGUGAGACUAUUCAUGCUUGUUUGCUUUCCGAGGCGAAGGCGCCGUGCGUUGAGCAUGAUGACUAUAUGGAGACUCUUGAGGGUGAAGAGCAAUCAUUCACCGAGUCGGCGACCCGUCCGGCCGUUUUAUCAGAGGCCCAAGCUGCAUUUUCAGCCGAGAAGGCUGUCCAGACUAGGUCUGGUAACAAGGAUUCCGAUAUAUUUCAGGCUUCCAGGGGUUCGUCCAACAACAAAGGUUCUGAUCCCCUGCAGGUUUCCAAAGGUCGGUCUAAAAAGCCCGGUGCAGGGCCGUCCAAGUCGACCCCAGCAAAAAGGGUGACUAGCCCACGCUCAUUUGGCUGGGCUUGCGUCUGUGAUGGUCCAGCGUGCUCGUCAGGAGGCCAGAGAACUCAUAAAAUAUCAAAUAUCAAAUUUCAGCUCCAAGGCAAAUUUACUCGGUGUCUGCAUAUCGGAUCUUACCUGGAUACGUACUAUCGACAGGUGUCGGAGCCAUUGCUGCGCAUAACACCAAGGUUAAUACCGUACUAG